AAUAAACCCGAAUCUAAUCUGAAAAACAAGUCAAACGAAGAAGCAACGUCCUUUCGUUUUCUUCGACUGGAGCUCCAAAUCCACGAUCGAGGUCGGGAGGAGAAAACGAUGGAUUACCUCGGAAUUGAUCCGAGCUGCGCGAUUGGAUCACUCCGGAACGGCGAGUUUCCGGCGAAAGACUGUCUUCUUCCUCUCAUUUCGAAGCUGCUCGGUUACUUCCUCGUCGCUGCUUCAAUGACCGUCAAGCUUCCUCAGAUAAAGAAGAUCGUGGAGAAUAAGAGCGUGAGAGGCUUGAGUGUUGCGGCAUUUGAGCUAGAAGCUGUGGGUUACACAAUCUCUCUCGCGUAUUGUCUUCACAAGGAGCUUCCUUUCUCAGCUUUUGGUGAAGUUGCUUUCCUUCUGAUCCAAGCUUUGAUCUUGGUGGCUUGUGUCUACUACUUCUCUGAGCCUCUCUCUGUAUCAACUUGGGUCAAAGCAGCUCUCUACUUUGCUCUAGCGCCAACUGUGUUUACUGGUAAGAUUGAACCUCUGGUUUUUGAAGGUCUCUAUGCGUCGAAGCAUUUGAUAUUUCUUUCCGCGAGGAUCCCUCAGAUUUGGAAGAACUUCAGAAACAAAAGCACUGGACAGCUUAGCUUCUUGACUUGUUUGAUGAACUUGGGUGGAUCCAUGGCGAGAGUUUUCACAAGCAUUCAGGUGAAUGCUCCGUUUAGUAUGCUUAUAGGUAUUGUUCUUGCAGUCUUCACCAAUGGAAUCAUCAUGAGUCAGAUUCUCUUGUAUCGGACAAGAUGA